AUGACACAGGACAGUGCCAAAGCGACAGAACAGCCCAAACAGGAUGGUGUAUACGCCGUCUACAAUCUUCGCGAGGUUGCGGCUCCUAUCCUCAAAGGCAUUCCAUUGCUCCUCUUCUCAAGACUAAUCCGAAGCUCGCUUGGAAGCUUCAUCUUGAGCAUAUUAAAGAAGGAUAACGAUAUUCCUUGUGUCAUCCGACUAGCAGAAGACAUAUUGAAGGAAUGGAUGCCACAGUAUUAUCCAUUACCUGAACAACAUGAUGAAGUUCGAUACAACAAGCAUGUUGAAGUUUCCAAAGGAUUUCAAUUGGGUGAAUUUGCUUCUUCCGACGAAAAUAGGAAAAAGGAAGGGGACUUCAAGUAUCACACAUCACAAGACUAUGUUGAAAAAUACAAGAGUGGGGAGUUGUCGCCAUAUCAAGUAGCCUUGGCAGUAAUCAAGGCAACAAAAGAUUCCAACGAAAUCAAACCAAAAUCACUGAAUGCAAUUGUCCAAAUGAAAGAGGAUGACCUAUUACAGCAGGCGAAGGAAAGUUCUGAACGGUACAAGAAGAAGAAAACAAUGGGACCUCUGGACGGCGUUCCGGUUGUGAUCAAGGACGAAUGUGAUGUGAAAGGCUACCCAACUACAUAUGGUACAACCUUUUUGGCAGCUUUGGACGGCGAGGCCAAGGAAGACAGCCCACUUGUCGCCAAGCUACGUCAGGGAGGAGCACUACUUGCCGGCAAAACAAAUAUGCAUGAAUGCGGUAUCGGGACUACAGGCUACAACUGGCAUUUUGGACCAGCACGAAACCCACACGAUCUAGGUCAUUUCACUGGUGGAUCGUCCAGUGGAUCGGCGGCUGCCGUCGCUGCAGGACUGGUACCAUUGGCGUUGGGCUUUGAUGGUGGUGGAUCUAUUCGGAUACCUGCAGCGCUAUGUGGAGUUGUGGGGUUGAAACCUACUUUCAAACGAUGUGAUAUGGACAUGCUAGCGUGUCCUUCUGUUGGCCACGCGGGCCCUAUUGCGUGUUCUGUGAAGGACGCUGCGGUUGGCUACGCAAUCAUGGCUGGGCCAAACAAAAAUGCCAGUGAACGUAAUAAACACAUAGGGAUUCCGAUCCCACCAGUUCAUCUUGGAUCCUUUUCGGAUAGUUUGAAGGGACUCAAGGUCGGUAUCUUUGAAGAAUACUUCAACGAUGCCGAUCCCGAAAUUGUCGAAAUCUGCUCAAAGUCAGUAAAGGCUUUAGAAUCUGAAGGGGCUGAAGUCAUCAAGAUCUCGCUUCCACACAUGGAAGAAGUAAAGAUCGCACAUGCUGUGACGGUUUCAACCGAGUUGGCUGCUGGCUAUUCCAAGUACUUCCACAAACAUAUGAACAAAUUCACUCCCGAGUCUCGAGUUAGCUUUUCUCUGGGACAGUCCUUCAGCAGCUGUGACUUCUUGGCGGCUCAAAAGGUUCGGCGGUAUGCCAUGCAUACCCUGGAAGAAGCAUUCUCUCAAGUGGACGUUAUCCUUUCACCGGCGACCGGAUGCACUGCGCCCAAAUUGCCCAAGAGUGUAGAAAAGUAUGGACAAUCCAACUUGUCGCAGACCGCUAAUCUGAUGAGAUAUAUUUACCAUGGGAAUUUGUGUGGUAUUCCCGGUGUGGCGGUACCGGUCGGCUACAGUGAGAAGAACAAAGCUUCGGGCAGCAAGGAGCUGCCCAUUUCGCUGUUGAUUCAGGCUCGGCAUUGGGAAGAAGACACGAUCUUGAAGGUAGCCAGAUGUUGCGAAUCCAAUGUUUCUCAUAAGAAGCCAAAGGUGUACUAUGAUAUUUUGGAAAUGGCCAAGGCAGAACCAAUGGACUGA